AUGGCCAACGACGAUGCAUACACUUACGAUGCUCACGAUAUACGACCCGAUGACAGCAUCAGCCGCCGAGGAGACCAGGCCAGCGUCAGAAGCGCCGGUAUGAAGUCGACGGCCUCUUCGUUUGACGACGGCCCAGCAGACUCGCACAUAUCCCAUUCGACCUACAAGAAUGAGCGACCCACGACUCCUCCCUCCCGGCCGACUUCGAUACUCUCGUCGCAAUCACAGACGCCAGCCACCGUCUCUGGCAACAAGGAAAGAGUGAGGUACAGCUGGCAGUCGAUACACGAGGAUGAGCCCAACAGGCCAAGGAUACACAUUGUCAAGAUUGUCUCGAAUACCGCAACGGCAUCGGCAGCCUCUCCUCAAGGAGAAGCCUUGGCCUUUUCGCUGUCGCCUGCUGGAAAGAGGAUUGCUGCAUACAACUCGGCCAGGCUGUUCAUCUUCCAGACCGCUGCCUUGCCCGUCAACGUCUCGCAUGAAUAUGCUUUACGAAGACGACCGCUGGCUGUCGAGAUCUGCGACGAGGCCAAUGUUCUUGCUGUUCUUGUUGACGAGCACACAGUCAACGUCUACGACUUGUCGCGCAAUAACGCUCGUCGCGUGAGGACUGUUCGCACUGACCUGCCGACAUCUACCAUCGCUUUGUCUUCCACUGGUGGCCUCCUCGCUGCAGCGUACGAAGGUGGCGUCGAGGUCUUUUCCCUGGCUCCAAAUGCUCUCAUCACUGAUCGACGUGCCGCGAGAGCGCCAAAGAUGGAUAAAUUGGUCUUUUCCCAGGACGACUCGACUCUGCUUGGUACAACCACUCGCAUCUUUGUCUCAUCCACACUUGUCAUUUCUGUACCGAUAUUUCCUCACGACUCUUCGACUGAAUCUUCACACCAAGAACUGCAAGAAGCCUGGUGCACGGGUAUGCUGGAACCGCAAAACAUCAAGAACAGCAGCCAUGCUACUUUCAUGCGCGAACAAGGAGCCAUGGCCAACGACAAGCUCUUUGCCUGGAACGGCCUUGAAGACACAUUUGGUGUUCUUCAUGCUCAUGAUAUGGUAUAUGGUCAGGUCGACUUUCCGGUAGCCAUAUCUCCUCCAUUGUCUACUUGUGGAGGAUUGGGAGCUGCCAUUCACCACUGCCCGUCUAUCGACGAACAUGGAAAGAUUGUGGCCAUGAUUGUCAACGAUCGCACAAUUCGCUUAUAUCUAGUCCCCCAAGAGGCUGAAGAUGGUAUUACGAAGACGGAAGCACACAGUAUCGACCACGAGUUGGAUGAAGAGUAUGGUUGUCCAUUCACUGAUCUUCGGUGGGUCCAUUCCCGUCUCAACUUGCCGGCUUCUGCGCAGUCGCCUCAUCAAAUCAGAGGCAGGUUGGUAGUCACAAGUCCUGGAUCGUUGGUUGAUGCAGAACAAGCGGAGAUGAAUGUGCAAGAUAUUGAGGGCGGUCGGAUCAUCCUGUUUGACUUUGACCCGCAAUUUGCUGGUCAGCCUGGCCAGACUUUUGUGUUUCAUGUUGGCAAAGCUCCACCCGUGACGCUCGAGGAAGAGAAGAUGGAUGUUGUCGACGAAAUUGCGUUGGUGCGACGGCGGACUGUAACCUCGACUCGUAGCAAUACGCUUGGGAAGAAAACUCCUUCGCUUGGGAGAGCUGCCACAACAGUGUCGCGACGCCAGGAUAUCUCUCCUUAUCGGAAUGGAAGCCCGGCUGGGUCUAUACAGCAGCUAUCCUUGAAUACUUCGCCAUGGAGGAAUCGUCGGGUCAGCUCUUCUGUGGUCUCUUUGUCUGCUGAUGCAACGCGAUCAUUACCCGACCUACUCGAAGCAAGCGAAUUGGCCGCCGAGUCGCUUGAACAGCCAUAUACCCAGGGAGCACCUCGCUCAUACAUGUCAAUCGAGCGCGCAGCCACUGCUGCAAACGCACAUCGUUUCCAAGCACUUGAAGAAGACGAAGCAGAAUCGGAGCAUCCAGGAGAUCUUCCGUUGCCUGCCUAUACUGAGCAUCCAAAUCAACCACUGCCGGGCAAAUAUCGCGCGCUUGCAGGCUUGGAUAUACCAACGCAUGGACGCUUUGCACAGCAGAAUAGUGCGCCUCCGUCUACAAUCCACACUGCACCUCCGACAGUCCCCGAGCAUCGAUUCCCUACUCCAACUUCAACUUUGUCACCUGCAUAUGCCGUUCCCCAAUCCACGCCCUCAUACACCGCUUCUACGAGUCCCAGUAGACCUAUUGCCACUUCAGCUGCCAGAAGUGACUAUAGUCUCAGUCCAGUCACGACUAGAUCUGCAACCCUGCGCACCCAACCAUCCUGGGAAACCAUCAGUACAUCUGCACACAUCACACCUCAUGGGCCUUCGACAUNNUACGCUCGCAACCAAGUUGGGAAAGCGGACGCACGAUGA